AUAAUUAAUGUGAAAAAAGUACGCUAUGAAAAAGCAGGCGCCAGUCAAAGCGAUCGGGUGUGCAAAUUUAUGAGCGAAACGUUUCGAACACGCGAACCGGUUGUCUGUUCGCUGAGUACGCUUUUUGAAGACCUUUUGAAUGAGCUGACUCAGGUCGGCAUCUCUUCUGGGCAUUCCUUUGUUGCCCUUCUGGACAGUGCUGUUGUUGGUGUAGCUUUAAACAGCACUACCGAUGUGAGUGAUGUCAGAGCCAAGCAGCAAGAGUUUACGCCCGUAAAAGACUAUGGGCCAGAAAUCUCUGGUGGCCAUUAUAGAUCAAAGAAGGCGAAUCAGCUGCGAGCAUUUUUUGAUGCUGUUGAAAGUGGUCUGAAACGUGGCAUCGAUAAGCAUGAUAACAAAAUUUUCAAAAUUAACGUUCUCUGUGUUCAUGGAAGUGUAGCAGGCUUGGAUUUUAUUGCAUCCGUGAAGUUCCUUACUUCUGCUUCCGAGACAAUCGACAAGUUGUAUUCGAAAAUAUCACCGAUGGAAGUGUCGCUGGCAAAAUGA